UCUGGAUACUAUGAGAGAUGAUUUCAAUCAUGAGGACAGAUACAAUUCACUCGUUAUGCUUUGUAUCACAGUUGUCAAGGUCACAAUAUAACCAAUCACAAGGUCGAAGUGAUUUCAUUGGUCAAACAAUUAUGUUUAUUAAAACAACUAUGAGAUACGUUUUUUUCCAGACUACAUCAUUAGCACACUACAGUGUUCUAAUCAGUUAUUCGUCUAACAACGGUGUAGCUGCAUAAUGCGAAUUCUUAUUCAUUAUUUGUUCAUAUUACUAUGCUGUGUAAUUCAAUCGACAAUCUCCACCAGCCUAAUAUCAAAGCACACGAAUAUUAAAUAUGAACCUAAUUGGGAAUCAUUGGAUAAGCGUCCAUUGCCUGCUUGGUAUGACAAAGCGAAAAUUGGAAUAUUCAUUCAUUGGGGGGUAUUUUCUGUCCCCAGUUAUAGGACUGAAUGGUUUUGGUGGUUUUGGAAAGGUGAUUCAAAAUCGAUGCCAGAAAUCUCUGACUACAUGAAAAGAUAUCACGAUCCAGAUUUUGCGUAUGCUGAUUUCGCCAAACAAUUUCAUGCUGAAUUCUUUCAGCCAAAUGAAUGGGCUGAUUUGUUCAAUAAAUCUGGAGCACGUUAUGUUGUGUUAACAGCUAAACACCAUGAGGGCUUUUGUAAUUGGCCAUCAAAAAAUUCAUGGCAAUGGAAUUCAAUGGAUGUUGGUCCAAGACGUGAUCUAGUCGGUGAGUUAGCUGAAGCUGUUCGUAAAAGAACAAGUCUACGUUUUGGUGUAUACCAUUCAUUGUUUGAAUGGUUCAAUCCUUUAUAUAUCAGUGAUAGAGAAAAUAAUUUUACAAAACAGACAUUUGUUGAGCAGAAAACGAUGCCUGAAUUAUACGAUUUAGUGCUACGUUAUAAACCGGAUGUAAUUUGGUCGGAUGGUGAUGUCGGUCCAGACACUUAUUGGAACUCAACACAAUUUCUUGCUUGGCUUUACAAUGAGUCCCCAGUGAAAGAUACUGUUGUUACUAAUGAUCGUUGGGGUAAUGGAUGCUCGUGUAAACAUGGGGGUUAUUAUUCAUGCGAAGAUCAUUAUCGUCCAGGAAGAUUAGUUAAUCAUAAAUGGGAAAACUGUAUGACACUAGAUUGUUGUUCAUGGGGUUUUAGAAGAGACAUUACACUGAGCAGUAUAUUAACACCAGAGGCGCUUUUAUACGAGGUUAUCACGACUGUCGCAUAUGGUGGAAAUAUUCUAAUCAAUGUUGGGCCUACAGCUUGGGGCAAAAUUUUACCAAUUUAUGAAGAACGCUUAAUUCAGUUAGGCGAAUGGUUGUCUGUUAAUGGUGAGGCUAUCUACGAAACUCAACCGUGGAGAAUUCAAAGAGAAACUAAACCAGAUUUUGUUUGGUACACCUAUAAAGUGAAAGAUACUAUUGAAAGCGUGGAUUUGUCAAGACAGAUGACUAUUUUGGAUUUCAUUAAUAAUUUACAAUAUUUCAAAGAAAAUCCAGCAACAGUCUAUGCUAUUUUAACACAAUGGCCAGAGAAAAAGUGUACAACAGUCAAGAAUGUUGAUGGAUCAGAAUCGAUAAGCAUCCAGUGUAAGCGUGAACUUAUUCUACCCUCAGUAUCUGUGAGACCGAGUCUUUCACAGUUCGCUUUACUCGAUGGUAGUGCAACUGGUAUGCCAUUACCAUUCACACCAAUCAAAGAGUCGUCUUCAAGUGGUGUCAAGAUUGACCUGCCUGAUUUAAAUAUUGAGUCUAGUCAAAAACAGUUGAAAUGGGCUUGGUCAAUACGCAUGACCAAUGUAUUUUAGAUAAAAUAGUAGAUUAAGAAGGAGAAGAAUAUUAACUAAGUGUUUAUUGUUUAUUUAUACAAUGUUAACAAUGACGGUGAUGAUGACAAUGAUUUUAAAAGAAGUAAUUUUAUGCACACAAAAAACUGAUAAAUAAAACAGAAACACCCUUUCUAACUAUUGCAUACUCUUUUAUUAUUUUAUUACUCUUUUAUUACACACAUGUUCUUGUAUAAUUAUUAUGUACGCCCAUUUUGCUUACUAUUGAUUUUCCUUAAAAUAUAUAGAAACCGAAAAUAGAGGUUAUUUUAUUGGCAAGCUCUGUCACUUGAGAUCAUUAGGAGAUGAGUCACGCGUGACAUCUCAUCGCUUUCCACCUCGAGCAAUGUCAGCUGAAAUAGCAUCGGGCUGGAAAAUAGUUAUAAACUGUCAAGCCAAAACAUGGCAUCAAUUUUGUGAAGCAACUGAUUAUCGGUUUGAGCUACCUAUACAGGUGUAGAUUGUCUGUCUGGAAACCAUGAGACGUUAAGAUUCAUUCAUAGUGGUAUGACUCAAAAUCAUUGUCAGUUUCACAAAUGCAUUCCCUCUUUGUUAUCUUCCAAUUUCAUUCUAUUCUCAGUAUUUUUUAUGUAAUUAUUCUUUAUCCCAUACAUUUCCGUUCAUUACAAUUCCAUUGAAUCUGCUCUAUGUACAUUGAUUUAUAUAUACAAUGUAGCAGGUUGAAUUGCUUCACUGUGGUACAAGAUUUACCUCUGAAAAUUCACUUCGGUUGGAAAAUUUGUGAGUGCUUGAUUUGAACUUGGAGGUGGUCAUAACUGGAUAUCCAUGGAACAGUUAUCUUUGCUUUCACAGCGUGUUUAAGAAAAAUUUAAAACAAGAUUUUCCUGAACGUUUCGGUGUGUAAGCCACAGCUUCUUCAGCACACUUAUUC